AUGAUUGAUCUCAUUCCUUUUAAGAACACUCAACUGUCUCAGCAGAUACAGAAAACUACUGCAAGUGGCAAAGGGAUCCUGUCCAACCCCAAGCUCGUGCCGGUUCACAGUUUGAAUGUGGUGAUGAACCAGAACGUGACGCUCUCCUGCUGCUCUGCCUCUGCCUCUGCCCCUGUCAGAUACACCCUGUUCCAACACAACCAGCAGGUAUCCUCUUUGAACAGGUCAGACUCCACCCCUGCACUGUUCACCCUGACCAUCAGCUCUGCCAGCGACCUGGGUCCCUACAAAUGCAAAGCUGAGCACAACAGCUCCAGUGCUGGAAAAUACAGCAACAGCCUCACCUUCACCCUUCUAGAGCCAGUCUCCAAACCAGUGCUGAGCUCCCCCACCUCUCACCCAGCCAAAGGCCAGAACGUGACCCUGUCCUGUUUCUCCCAGAACGGAUCUCUUCCCAUCACUUACACCUUCUUCAAGGGCCAACAAAGCAUCUCUCCCCCAAAGAUCACCCACGAGAGGGAAGCAGCCGUGAUUUUUCUAUCUGUCAACUCCUCCACCGACUCUGGAACCUAUAAAUGCAAAGCUAAUAAUAGUUUUCCCAACAGUAUGAAAUACAGCAACAGUUUCAACUUCACAUUAGCAGAAGAGAGAAGCCAUUCUCAGGCCCUGAUAAUUUCUCUUGGGCUGAUCCUGCUGCUACUCGUAAUAGGAUUUGCUCUGGCAAUUCCAUUUUUCAUAAUUCCUUCAUAUAAAGCAAAAAAAUACAAGUCUACCAGGCCCUCAGCUGGCUUUACAUCAACAGUGAACGUGGAGGAGACUGAAAAUGAUGUCAUAUAUGCAGAGAUUGAGCCUGUUAAGCCAGAAGAAGAAUACAUCAACUUUUCUGUUAUUAGAAGAGAAGAUGAAAAAGCAGGGAAGAGGGCAUGUCCUACAGUCUAUUCAAAGGUCCUCAUCAGAAACUGAGUACCAGG